CCGGUGUCGUGGCGCAAAAGUGCGUGUCCACAGCGCCCUGCUAGUAGCCCCCAUAGAAGACGGCCUUUUGUGACUUCUGCUGGUUGCAGGCUGCUUGGAAAGGACUCUGGGAGACCCUGAGUCACGCAAUGGAGGCAGUGACCUUUGAGGAUGUGGCUGUGAAUUUCACCAUGGAAGAGUGGGCUUUGCUGAAUCCAUCUCAAAAAAACCUCUACAGAGAUGUGAUGGGGGAAACCUUUAGGAACAUGGUUUCUAUAGGAACAGACUGGGAUAACCAGGAAGUUGAAGAAGAGUACAAUAAUUACUGGAGAAAUCUAAGUUUUGGCAGGAGCUUAUCUUCAGGAUAUCUAAUUAUGCAUGCAUAUGAAUAUGAGGCAUUCACUAUCAAAAAAAUUGCUGACCUCGAAGGAUUAUUCAAACUCCCUGAAAAGAAAAAAUAAUUUGCUAUAUUAUCAUCCAAGAAGAUGAAUAUUAUGUCAUUUUCUAAAAGAAUUGGGUGGGCUCACUCCAGAAAGAAUGGCUGCUAUCAUGAAAUCAACCAAUAACAAAUGCUGGCGGG